AUGGCAACUAAUGUCAUUACAAAUACAUGUAAGUUGGGAUCUGACAGGUACAACAUGUUCUCCUCGUUUCUUAGUCUGGUGAAGGCCAUCUGUUCUCUCAAGCACAUUUGUCAGUCUAUAAGCAUGUCUACCAAGUGUCCUGGUUGGCAUAUGUGUGCUCAAUCCUCAAACCGCUCAAGUUUGUUGCAAGCAGAAAUACUUAUAGUAAAGGAGUACCAAGCUGUAUACUUUGAAAACGAGAUCAUUAACCUCUCUCAAGGCCUUCCUAUCAGCUCAAGAAGCUCCUUAUUAGCUCUCAACCCAUACCUAGACUCUCAAAAUGUCCUGCGUGUAGGUGGUAGACUACAGCAUUCUGAAUUGUCUUCUACAGAAACGAAUCCUGUCAUUGUACCAAAGAAAAGCCACCUAGAAACUCUUCUUAUUAGGAACUUUCAUGAGUCCGUACAUCACCAGGGUAGACACUUUCCAGAAGGUGCCAUCAGAUCUGGUGGAUAUUGGAUCACAGGUGGUAAACGGCGUGUUUCUUCAUAUAUUUUCUCAUGUGUCCCUUGUAGGCGCCUGCGCGGCAAACAACACAAUCAGAUGAUGGCAGAUCUCCCAAGAGAUAGAGUCACACAUGCUCGACCAUUUAGCUAUGUUGGAGUAGAUGUGUUUGGCCCUUGGUCCAUCGUGAGCAUAAAGACUAGAGGAGGCCAAGCCUCCAGUAAGCGGUGGGGGGUCUUGUUUACUUGUUUAAGAAUUAGGGCCAUUCACAUUGAACUAAUAGAAGAAAUUAGUUCUAGUGCAUUCAUUAAUACCCUGAGACGCUUUGUCUCGAUCCGCGGUCAAGUGGUUGAAUUUAGAUCUGAUCGAGGUACAAAUUUUAUAGGAGCCACGGAAAACUUAAACAUGCAAGCAGUGUUUGUUGAAGACGGUCCUGUACGUUCCUACCUUCAGCAGCAAAAGGUGUCCUUGGACUUUAGCCCUACACAUGCAUCCCACAUGGGUGGCGUGUGGGAAAGGAUGAUUGGGGUGAUUCGGAGAAUUCUAGAUAGUUUGUUGAUGCAACAUGGACAGAAAAACCUGACACAUGACGUUUUCUAA